UCGAACGCCAAAAGAGCCAAAUGCUAAAUAAUCCUCGCGCGCUGAUUACAAUUAGUCAAACAAUCAAUCAAUUAUCGAUCGUCAUCAAAGGCUUAUCUCUUUGUUUCUCUUUACCGGCUCCACUUUCAUUAAUUAUCGCACAGAACUCGUAAACCAGGAUUAUUUUUUUAAAAAUGCUCAAAGUGCUGAGUAACAAACGCGUGUUAAUCGUAUCAGCAAUCGGUCUCGGGGUGAGUGCGUACGCCGCUGCUAAACUGUUUUCCGCCGGCUCAAGGUUUCGUAAUUAUGGCUCGCAUCGACAGUUUCAUCCUAUGGAUGAUUAUCCGGAUGUUAGGAAGCAUAAUAACUGUAUGGCAAACCAUCUUUCCCCGCGGUUGUACGCUAAAUUGAAGAAUAAGACUACUCCGAGUGGUUUCACUUUGGAUCAAGCUAUACAGACAGGUGUGGAUAACCCGGGCCAUCCGUUCAUCAGCACAGUAGGUCUAGUUGCUGGUGACGAAGAGACGUACGAAGUCUUCGCCGAUCUUUUCGAUCCUGUGAUCGAAGAACGCCACAACGGAUACAAGAAAACAGACAAACACGUGACUGACUUAGAUGCCAGUAAAAUACGSGGUGGUAAUUUUGAUGAGCGAUAUGUGUUGUCAUCUCGCUGUAGGACCGGAAGGUCGAUCAGGGGAUUCAGUCUUCCUCCACACUGUACACGCGCGGAGAGAAGAGAAGUGGAGAAGAUCGUCGUAGAAGCGCUUUCUGAACUCAAAGGUGACCUCUCUGGUACUUAUUACCCUUUGGCCAACAUGUCUAACGAAGAGCAAGAACAGCUUAUAAAAGAUCACUUCCUCUUCGACAAACCCGUCUCUCCUCUGCUGACGUGCGCGGGAAUGGCGCGGGACUGGCCCGACGCGCGCGGGAUUUGGCACAACAAGAACAAGAACUUUCUUGUCUGGAUUAACGAGGAAGACCACACGCGUUUGAUCUCUAUGCAAAAAGGCGGGAAUAUGAGAGCUGUGUUUGAACGCUUCUGUAACGGGAUCAAUGAAGUAGAAAAGUUGAUGGAGAAGAAAAAUCGACAGUACAUGUGGAACAAUCACCUUGGAUACAUCCUGACAUGCCCUAGUAACCUCGGCACAGGACUCAGGGCAGGAGUGCACGUCAAACUACCUCUACUGGGCAAACACAAGGAUUUUCCUAAUAUUCUCGAAACCCUUCGGCUUCAAAAACGAGGCACAGGUGGGGUAGACACAGCGGCUGAAGGAGGAAUCUUUGAUAUCUCUAACUCCGAUCGACUGGGGUACUCAGAGGUCCAGCUGGUUCAGAAAGUCAUUGAUGGAGUAAACCUACUGGUGGAAAUGGAGAUGAGACUGGAGCGAGGCCGCGCGAUCGAUGACCUCAUUCCCAAAUAAACACGACGAAUAACACGUAACGAACAAUAUCAGAAUCGGAAAUAUUGGAAUCGCUGAAGGUCUAUUUAUCAUCACUCGGUAAAUAAAACAGUGCGAGAGAAAGGAAUUUAUUUAUCAAAUGUACAUUAAUAAACUUAACGAGGAUUGACCGA